UGGCGUAUACCACUAAUCGAUUUCCGCUGCAAUCAGCUGAUUUUAAUCGGCGAUUAGCCAUGGGAGUACCCACAAGCGAUUGGAUAUACUGGUGUCGCCUGUGCGCCCGCGACGACGUUGUAUACAAAGUAAGCGAGCGGGACGACGAUCUGGUAAAGAUCAUCAGCAAAUGCUUUGAUGUAGAGAUGACCCUCGAGGAACCGGAACUGGGCAGCAUGUUGUGCGAGGAGUGCUACUCGGUGAUUGGCCAGCUGGUGACCUUCUCGGAGAGCGUUACCAAAGUGCAAGCCAUUUUUGAGCUCCUGCGACACUCGGAUCCGCAGGAUAGCCAGGACUUGGACGCACUGCGUCUGGAAUAUGGCCUGCCGCCGGCCUGCAAGCGGAACCUUGAGUUCCUGGACAUGGACGAUCCGGAGGACAAGUCUUCCUUGGUGGAGGAGCUAACGAUAUCAGAACAUUCCACAUCUCCGUCUCCAGAUUUUGAAGCCCAGACCGUGCGGAGACGAGCUAAUCUCAAACAGUGUAAAUUCGAACCUACCGCAUCAAAACCCGAAGCUCAAACAAAACGCGGUCGCAGGCAACAGAAUGCUGCUAAGCGAAAUUCCGAGUUGUACAGUCCAGCGGAGUCGGAUGAUGAGGAGCCCAUCCUAGACGAAGAUGAGGCCUUGUCGCCGCCGCCUUUGAAACGAAGAAGAGGCAGACCCAAGGGUACAGGCAAACAGAGAAGCCUGGACGACAGCGACAAUUUAACUUCCCACGAACCAGACGACAUUGCCAAAAGCAAACCAUAUAACAAGGCAUCCGAGUUGAGCCUGUCGCCCCAUGAGGAUGGCUCCCAAAGCUCGCCUUUUGUCGAUUUCACAUGCAAAGCCUGCAACGAGACCUUUAUGUCCUUCAUGGCUCUGCGCAGGCACAAGCACGACAUGCACGGCGGUCCGAAGAGGUUCGUUUGCGACCACUGUGGGAAGGGUUUAAAGACCUUCACAUCGCUGGUGGAGCACCAGCUGGUUCACACGGAUGAGAAGCCCUGUAUAUGCCCCGUGUGCAAUGCUGGCUUUAAGAACAAGGCCAGGCUGAGAGUGCACAGCCAGACACAUGGUGAGCCCAGGUUUGAGUGCAACAUCUGUGGGAAAAAACUGCAGACUCGGGCGAUUCUUAACAAGCACAAGUACGUGCACACAGAGGAGCGACGCUUCAAGUGCGAGGUUUGUGGCAGCGGCUGCAAGAACUCCACGGCCUUGAAGAUCCACCUCCUGGGACACACGGGCCUCAGACCUUAUGUGUGCAAGUACUGCGGAAAGGCGUUCGCCAGCAACACGAACUGCCGCUCCCACAAGUGGAAAAAACACCCCGAACAGGCGUCCAAGGAGGAUGAAACCGAAUCUUCACGUAUUCCAGUGCCAACGUUGGAGGAACUACGGGCGAUAACUCGCGAGAUGGCCAAGGUGAAGAAGGAUGAUUAGAUCGUGAAUCAGAUUCAGCUGAUUAACAAAAAUGUACACUUUAAGAACCGGUAUACUUCUUUGAUUUGCAGUGCGCAGUAAGCUGUAACCCAGGAGCAUUUAUAUAUACACUACUGCCCUUUUUGCAAUUAAGUUUGGUUUUUAAUUAGUUUCAAAAUACAUUUACACUU